GACUCUUGACUAAUAGAUUUUCCUUCCUACUGAAGAUUCACUUCUCUUUGGAGACCAGUUAUAUUCUUGACAGUACUGCUUCUUGAUCAGAGCUUGAAAUUCAACAUAUUAGACGAAAAAAGUGAUUAUUAUAGGGACACCUUGGUCUACCCUUCUACGAUAUGGCAAGUUUUGCUGCCACACUUGGUGUUAUCAUUCUGUCAGGAGUCAUCAACCUCUCAGCAGCAAACAAGGACACCUGUGAAAUCUAUGCGGCUCUUGGGCAGAGACUGACUCUGCCUUUUGUCUUUAAGGGACUGACAAACUUACAUCUGCUGAAAUGGACUCAUAAUAGAACAAUCAUAUUCUAUAAAGACCAAGGCCGAGUGCCUGUUGGAAAGCCAGAGGACAUCACUCAUACUGGAUCUCUUAUUCUGAAGAACAUACAACCCUCCAGUGUGGGGACUUACCAGGUAGAUGUGCUGCAUCCCAAUCGAACAAUGGCUGAAACCUGGACUGGUCAUCUCUGUAUGAUGGACAAGGUAUCAAAACCUCAACUCACUUAUCACUGUGACGUCAAGUCUAGUGCUGUAAAUCUAAAUUGCAAUGUAGCUAAACCUCAGGGUUUGCUGUUCUCAUGGACACUCGAUGAAAAGACUUUAACAAGCGAAACAAGACAAACACUGAGCAUAUCAUUGGCACAGCUGAAAGGGGAGAAAAGCUUUACAUGUAGUGUAACAAACAAAGUCAGCAAGGAGAAGAGUGACAGUGUUCGUCCAACCUGUGAAAGUCCAUCACCAUCUUUGCUAUGUUUUACAUCCAAAACUGUUGUGGCAGUGCUAGCAGGAGGAGCAGGUCUGCUUCUGCUUUUGCUCAUUAUUAUCAUCAUAUUAUGUUGCUGCCACAGAUGCAAUAAAACCCAAAUGAGAUCCAGGGAUAAAGUGGGACUCAGGAUGCUUUCUGUAAGCAAACUCGAGCCUGACUCCAUCAGCCCCGACUAUGAGACUAUGCACCCGAAUGAGGACUCUCCACCCCUGAGCCCCGAGCCUUCGCCCAGAGCCUGUUAUGAGAAUGUUUCUCAGCCUGAAGCUCAGACUGAAAACAGGCCUCCCCAGUUAUCCACAGCUGCUGAAAGACUACAACCGUCACCGGUGCCAAAGCCGAGGACGAAGAGCCCCCAGACACUAAACAUCUGAAUAUGUCUCCCUCAAUUAACAUCCCAGAAACUAAGACAAAAAACAUGUCUUUUGCUUGAUAACAUACAACUAAACCAAAAUGAAGAAAAUGUCUUAUUUUUGUCAAAUGUACAAAUGCUUUAUCACUUCAACAGUUUCGUGUACACCUAUACAUAUGCAGAAAAUUGACAAAGGAACCAUCUGAUCAAUGUAAUUUUGUUGUUAAUGUUUUAAAAUAUAGCAGUUACAGUGCUGGGGGUUAAGAUUUGGUGGGAAGUAUGAAGGAGGUGUUGCUCUGAUCACUGGUACAUAUGAUGAUAAAACAAUACCUGUCCUGGAUGAAUUUAAAUGUAUUGUUCUAAUUUGUUCAUAAUACUGAUGGUCUUAUUUUCUUAUUUUUCUUAUUCUGAAUUAUUUAACUGCAGAGACGAUGUAUUAAAAAUACAGCAAUUCCUACACAACAAAAGCAAUUUUCAUGUAAAAUAGUUGAUAUAAGGGUUUAAAGGGUAAGGUUGAUGAUAUUCUAUAUUUUUGAUCAUGUCAGCAAAUCGCAUUAAAUGGCCAAAACCAACAAAGCAUUACUUUCAGUACUUUCCAACUUCCUUAACAUAAAAUAUAUAUUUUAAUUAAUAAAAAAAGCUUAAUUUUACAAGACAGCUGGGCACUGUAGUUUUUGGCCAACACUUCUAAAUUGAGUAAAUUCUGUAGUGGGACUAAUACCAGUGGAGGCUCAAUACACAUUUGGUGCUCUAGCACUAGGACGGUGUGUGUAAGAUCGACUCAAAGUAAACUACAAUGGCAUUACUCAUGGUAAUGAACAUGUCACCCAGUUCAACAGUGUGACUCACUGGUAUGUUUUUAAUAGUUUGAGGACAACAAUGUAGCUCUACGUCACAGAGAAAUAAGUUAUAUCAGACUUUGGAUACACAGACUGUAUUGAUUCAUUGUUGUUUUUCAUAUUUCCAUGGCAAAAAUAAUGAAAAUUAGGAAAAUAUAGAAUACUGUCUGACUUAUCCUAUAAGUUUGUUUUUGUAAAUAUUCGUUGGUAUGGUGUUAUUGUAUAACAAAAACAUAAUGGAAAAAAUAUAUAACACUUCUUAACUUCUUUUGACCUCUUCUGUUUGAGACACUGAAGCUCCACUGAAAUUUGCAUGACUUUUCUGUGAUAUACAGUUAUCACACUGUGAUAACACUUACAUAUAGUGCUUGAAAUAAAUACAGUUGUCAAAAAUGA